GACUACCGUCGAGUGAAGGUCGGAGCCCCGAGCUGACUCUGGACCCGGUGACUGAGAUUAUUCAUGUACCAACAGCUAGCACAAAGUAAACAAGAGACUCAAACGAACGAAAAACCUUUGACAAGAAAAAAGUGAUUGUGAACUGAACUGACAAAUUAUAUGUGAUUUUGUGAGGAUAAGUUAAAAACAAAACGAUGUCUUAUCAAGAAAACUGAACAGCUGUUUUUCGGACCAACUUCACUUUACGAUCUCGCGAGGAGGAACUCCAGGCAAAGGGGCACCAUGGACGAGACCGGCGUCGCUGUGACGUCCUCGUCCGUCGCCAACGCCAGCGCCCUCGACCUCAGCGCGUCCACGUUGGCGGUGACCAUGCAGGCCGUCUUCUCCAGCGCCGCCUCCACCCUCGCGGCGGACAACGACACCUCCUCCGAGCGGGAGUCCCAGCCCCACAAUCUGACCAUGAUGGUGGCCAUGACGGUCAUCUACAUCGCCAUCACCAUCGUGGGCGUCGUGGGCAACGUGAUCACCUGCAUCGUCAUCGUCAGGAACCGGAUCAUGCACACGGCCACCAACUACUACCUGUUCAGCAUGGCCAUCAGCGACCUGCUACUCCUGGCCUUCGGCAUGCCCGACGAAAUCCAGAUACUGUGGAUGGGGAAGCCCUACAUCUUCGGCGAGGAGUUCUGCUUCAUCCGGGGCUUCACCGCCGAGAUCUCCACCAACGCCUCCAUCCUCACCAUCGCCGCCUUCACGGUCGAGCGCUACAUCGGCAUCUGCCACCCCCUGCGCUCGCACACCAUGUCCCAGCUGGGCCGCGUCAUCCGCUUCAUCGCCAUCAUCUGGGUGGUGGCGACGGCGUGCGCCGUGCCCAUCGCCAUCCAGUACGGCAUCGUGUACAAGGAGGACGAGAUGGGCAAGAAGGACCUGAGCACGGCCUCGUGCGUGAUCAAGAACCGGCUCCGGAUGGUGUUCGAGAUCUCGAGCGUCCUCUUCUUCGUGGCGCCGAUGCUGCUCAUCAUCGUGCUGUACGUGUUCAUCGCCAUCCAGCUGAAGCGGUCGGCCCGCCUGGCCCGCAACGUGCCCUCCCUCAGCUCCCACAGCUGCUCCACCAACGACGGCUCCAGGAACAAGAGUGUCAUCAAGAUGCUGGUGGCGGUCGUCAUCGCCUUCUUCCUGUGCUUCGCCCCUCACCAAGCCCAACGUCUUAUGGCAGUCCACGCCGACCCACGUAACAUCUUCGCAGUCAAGAUGUUCAACGUCCUCCAUAACAUCUCUGGGAUAUCUUAUUACAUCUCCACUUGCGUCAACCCCAUUCUGUACCAUAUCUUCAGCAACCGGUUCCGCCAAGCUUUCCGGAAGACACUAGAGAGCUGCUGCGUGAAGACAGGCGGAGGCGGCGGAGUAGGAGGAGGAGGAGGAGGAGGUAGGUGGCACUCUCGCUCGCAGUCCGCUCGCUCCCAACACACCCACACCUUUGAACUUACAGAACAAACCUUCCUGCCCGAGGCUAACCACGCCGCCCUCGCGCCCACCGCCGCCGCCGCCGCCGCCGCCGCUGCCACAACCACGACCAUCACCACGUCUUCCAGCGACGUCUCGACCACCACGACGACCACACUGGAGUUCGAGGCCGAGGAUGAGAGAAAGUCCCGAAGGGGGAAGAGGAAGACUCACAUCGUCCAAGAGCUGAACGGCGUCCGGAAAGCUGGAGGGCGAGUCCUGAUGGGGAAACACGUCGCUGCCGCCGCCGCUGGAGGCAAGAGGAACAACACAGGAGGAGCCGGAGGAGGGAAAGGAGGAAGAAGAGAAAACGGGGAAAGAGGAAGAGGAGGAGGAGGCAUCACCGCCAGGAGAUUCAGGCCGCUCUUCAUGCCGCGCCUCCGCAGACCCGAGGUCGUCGAAAACCCGAUCGACCUGUUCGUGGCCUCGACCUCCCCGAGCUCACGCAAGAGGAGCCAGUCCGACAGCCUCCUCAGCGGGGGAUCCAUCAGCAACUGCUCCAUGACCCACAUCGAGCAAGAGUUCACGCAGAAGGAGCUGUCGGAGGUGAUGGGCAGGAUGAAGAACGUGGACGCCUAAGGGGGCCGAGGGGGCGUUGGUGGUCACGGCUCACGGCGGAGUUCGAACCCAGACUAAGAGAGAGCGGGGUCGAGGGCCGAAUUCUUACACUUAAUUCUGAAUCUCAAUAUAUAUAUAUUUCUUUUCUUUUAUAGAGGAAGCGCAUACACGGUUUUUCCUUUUAUCCAUUUUACUUCUCGCUACUGCUUUUACUAUUUCGUUUCUUAGCAACCCAAGAAACUCUUCCGUUAAUUAGUAAUAUUAUUAUUUUUUUGCCUAUUCUUACUGAAUGAUUAUAUACGAUAAUCAUCGAUUUAAUUCCAAAGUAUUCUAUGAAGAGAUGUCUCCUCAUGUAUCCUGUUGGACACUAUGACAAGAAAUUCAUUAUAAAAAUCCUCAUCAUUGUCAUUCUCAUUCUCACGAUCAUUAUCAUUAUUUUUAUUGUUAUUAUACUUAUGACUAUUAUCAUGAUGAUUAUGAAUACUACUAUCACUAUUGUGAUUAUCGUUAUUAUUAUUAUCAUUAUCGUUGCUAUUAAUGCUAUUAUUAUUGAUUUUAUCAUUAUUAUCAUUAUUAUUAUCAGCGU